CACAAUUAUCACUUCACACAGCACCACGGACGCCAUACCUCGUAGCGCUCCGCCGUACCGAAAUGCGGGUCUUUCCGGCCGUGGAGAAGCCGUCCAUGGCUCCCAUGUGGCGCAAGAUGCGUGAGAUCCGCGCCAUGAUCACCAAGCAGCCACCCAAGGACGUACAGCAGCGUUUCUCAGCCUCCAGCUGGCGCAAGAGCUCGACGCAGGACGCGGCCAAGCGCUUCAGUAGUGCCACUAGUUAUCUCGCCGCUGUGAGCGUUAAAGCCCACCGAAAAUCAUCCGUUGCGAGGUUCAGCUUCGUCUCGGAGCUGGAACAGGCUACAGGUAUCGACGAGUUCGAGCUACUGGACGUUCUGGGCAGAGGAAGCUUCGGCUCCGUACACUUGGCGAGGCACUUGGACACUGGCGCGACUGUAGCCAUUAAGGUUGUUACGAGACGCUUGGUGCACGAAAUGCAUCAGGAGAAGAACAUUAUGAGGGAGCAGAGCGUUCAUUUGGGUCUAGUGCAUCCGUUUAUUGCCAGACUCUAUGCCACUUUCCAAGACAAUGAUGCGCUGUAUUUUGUACUGGAAUUCUGUCCCGGAGGAGAGAUCUACAGCUUGGUGUACACCCACGAUGACGGACAUUUAGAGGAGAAUGAAGACUGUGACGACUCGGACGAGGAAGAGAACAGGAGAUCAAGUAGACAAGUAGAAGAGCCCGAAACUUCCGACUCCGUGACCACCGAGUCCGAGUCGGAUGAAGAGCAGAGACAGCAACGUGGAGCGAGCAUCGCAAUGGGCCGCAAUAGCUUAACACUAGAGAACUUUUUGUUCAAGCAGAAGCUACGUAGUUCGCACGGUGGACUGCAUGAACGCUAUGCAGCCUUUUACGCAGCGUGUUUGGUAACAGCGCUCGAGUUUCUGCACAGAAGAGGAGUCUUGUAUCGCGACCUGAAGCUCGAAAACCUCGUGUUGGAUGCAGAUGGAUACCCGAGACUCAUCGACUUUGGAUUAUCCAAGCCAGACGCCACCCAAACGACAGAGCGGAACUCGACGAUGUGUGGAAGUGCCGAGUAUAUGGCCCCUGAGAUUCUGCAACACAAACCGUACGACCAGCGAGUAGAUUUGUGGUCCUUUGGUAUUCUUCUGUACGAAAUGCUGUUCGGAACUACACCGUUCUACCAUGCCAACCACCGAGAGCAGGGCCGUCGUAUCAUCUCCGAGCCAGUGCAGUUCCCGGAAGACUAUGAACAAGGACAUCCGGCGGUAUGUUCUCUUAUCAAGAAACUAUUAGAGAAGGACCCAGUACUGCGACUUGCGUCGUUCUCAGAGGUGAAGAAGACGACGUUCUUCCGUACGUAUUUCCCGUCGAAACAAGGUUGGCAGCAACUCGAAGCACGACAAGCGGAGCCUCCGUUUAUCCCUAGACUAGACGGUCCUUUUGACACUAGUUUCUUCGUACGUGUCCAAGAAGAAGAGAAAGACUUCGGUAGUGAUGCCGACUCGGAUUUCGGAUACUAGAAGCCCCAAACUGCAAACAUUGCAGACAUUUAUGGACUCGCAAGAACGCGAGUAGUAGCGUAGAGUCAAGCGUAUUUAUUGUGAUCCAGCAGAACCACCGAAACCUCGACAACUAGAGCUGGAAUUCAUUACAAAAGCUAAAACGAUUUUGGAUGUGAU